CAGUGGGCGGGCUCAGGCGGCCGAAGCGGCGCGGCCCGGGGCGGAGUGGGGCGCUGCGGCAGGAAGGAAGAUGGCGGACGAGGAGAAGCUGCCGCCCGGCUGGGAGAAGCGCAUGAGCCGCAGCUCAGGCCGGGUGUACUAUUUCAACCACAUCACCAAUGCCAGCCAGUGGGAGCGGCCCAGUGGCAACAGCACCAGCGCCGGCUCAGGCAGCAGGAAUGGACACGGAGAGCCGGCCAGAGUCCGCUGUUCGCACCUGCUGGUCAAGCACAGCCAGUCCCGCCGACCCGCCUCCUGGAGGCAGGAGAGGAUCACCCGGAGCAAGGAAGAGGCCCUGGAGCUCAUCAACGGCUACAUCCAGAAGAUCAAGUCCGGAGAGGAAGACUUUGAGACUCUGGCCUCCCAGUUCAGUGACUGCAGCUCAGCCAAGGCCAGGGGCGACCUGGGUGCCUUCAGCAGAGGUCAGAUGCAGAAGCCAUUCGAGGACGCGUCGUUCGCACUGCGGACCGGGGAGAUGAGCGGCCCGGUGUUCACGGACUCCGGCAUUCACAUCAUCCUACGCACGGAGUGAGGGGCCCCGGCCCCCGGCCCCCACCCCGCCCAGGGCCGCCGCAGUAUUUAUUGCCCUACAUCAGGGGGGUCUCACUCCCGCCUCCCGGCUGACCCGGCUGGGGGGCACCCCUGCCCCCAUUUGGGAAGAUGCGUAAGGGGAAGGGCCCCCCAGAUGGGCAGGGGCUGCCCUGCCCCAAAGCGUGCGCCCCCCACCCUCACCCCCGCCCCCGCCCCUCCAGGGUCUCACGGAGUCUUCCGGCCCCUCCCUCCUGCAGUGGGGCUCAGGGUGGAG